GGGGGCGGUCCUUUUCUAAGUUUCGUUCGAAGCGACGAUUCAGCGGACCUUACCGAACAUUGACAUUCUAAGUGAAGUGACAACCAUCACAUAACUUUUGCAAUACUGUGGACAUGGUCUAUCUUCAAACUCCGUUGUGUCAUCCAUGUUUCAUUGAUUCCACAUGGAAAUUCGUCCUUGGGACUGUGCACGCUAUAUGAAUUGAGUGGUUCCUAAUCCAGCGGAAGCAUGAAGAAGCCGCGGCGGAAAGAGGCUUGAAUAUGAUCUGGAGCAUCUCCUUUCUCAUGGCAUUUGUCACAACGGCUGCAGGAGUUGCCCCAACAAUCGAUCUUUCUCAUAAUAUGCGAAUUUUGAAGCUUCCAAUGGAUACAAAACCUGGCACUCUCAUCUACAGAUUGCGAGGUUCUGAUCCUGAUAAUGAUAUCCUUACUUUUGGCGUUAGAGGAGAAAUAGGAAAUCAAUUGUUAGAUAUCCGGUCCAUAACGGAAACAAGAGCCAAUGUUUUUUUAAAAUCUAUACCCACGGAAAAAGAAUACAAAUUCACCAUUUAUGUAACAGACGGUAUACAGACCACAGAAGUAGAAUCCACUGUAAUCAUCAGCAAUGCUACGAACCAAAAAUCACCUUUCAUUGAAUAUGAUUCUCUCAUUUCUGUAUCCGAACUCACAGACGAAAAAGAAGUUAUCGGAACCAUUGUGGUCAAGAAAAGAAACAGCAGUAGUCUAUCAGUUCUGUUCGAAGUAGAUGGUUCCGAUAAGUUUUCUAUUCGAUACCUCAUCAGUCCUUUGAAAGAAGCCACAAGAGCCGAACUCUUUCUUGUUCAGAAAUUAGAUUACGAAAAACAGAAUUUAUACUCCCUUACAAUUUACGCACUGAAUCCUUGGACCGACGAAGAAGUAGAUACUCGAAAUAUCGCUGUUCUGCAAGUGUUAGUGGCAGUGAAAGAUGCCCAAGACACCCCUCCUGUCUUCCAUGAAAUACCGCCUGUUGUCAAAGUCUCAGAUAGCCUACCUGUGGGUGGACCAGUAACUCAAGUAACAGCAGAGGAUGGUGAUUAUGGCAAUCAAAGAAAUAUUUCAUAUUCAUUUGUUCCAGAAUCUCAAGGUGUGACGUAUUUUAAUAUUCAUUCAAGAACGGGUCUGAUAACUUUAGCAUCCUCUACAGAGCACUUGAGAGAAACGUACUCUACUACAGGACCACUAGUUCUGUCGAUUCAGGCAACAGAAGUGGAAUCAGAAUCAAUACCUGGUCUUCCAGCCAGUUCUGUUGCGACAUUAGCCGUGGUAUUAGUGAACACAGAGAACAAACCCCCGAGAUUUUUAAGCAAGCGGUAUGUGGCCACUGUCGAAGAAAACAGUCCUGGCUUAACUUCAGUGAUAUGGGAAGGUACGGAAGCACCGAAAGCAGUGGAUGACGACCAGGGCAAAAACGGUAGCUUUGAGUUAUUUUUGGAAGAGGAUGGCGGAGCUUUUAGUGUGCAACCAUCAAGAGGAAUGAAUGAAUUGAAUUUCGCUCUUUUGGUCAAGGAUCCCACAAAAUUGGACUACGAAACUUCAGAGACUAAAUACAUAGAUUUCAAAAUUGUGGCACGUGAAACAGCUUCAAUUCGCCCAUUGUCUGCGACUGCAGAAAUUCGAGUUCGUUUGCUGGAUGUGAAUGACAACAUCCCCAUUUUUUCCCACGAAGUAUAUAACGUGACCUUACCUGAAGAUGCACCGAUAGGCACUACCUUGACAAAAAUCCAGGCCUCAGACGAAGACAGCGGAAGUUAUGGUGUAGUAAGAUAUACAGCUGUUAACGGUCCCAUUGCUGGAAACUUAAGACUGGAUCCAGUGAGUGGUGAGUUGACAUUGCUGUCAGGGGAAGGACUCGAUCGUGAGAGAAUUCCUGAGUACACUUUAACAGUUGAGGCAAGGGAUGACCAAGGUAAAGGUAACAGAAAUACGGCAGAAGUCAGAGUAAUAAUUUCAGACGCUAAUGACAACGCUCCACUCUUCCUCCAACCGCGGUACGAUGCUGUGCUAAACCCAGAUAUGAGAAAUUUUUACGAGCCAUUGCGAGUACAGGCCUAUGAUGCUGAUGGUCCAGGUCCAAACAGUGAGAUCACGUAUGAAAUUGUGAAUGGUAACUAUCAGGAAAAGUUUUUGGUGGACCCUAAUACUGGAGAAUUGAGCCUGAAAGCCCCACUUGUACCGAAUCCGGAAGCACAAGAUCAUGGACUGCCUGUCAUCACAUUGACAGUGAGAGCUCACGAUCAGGGAGUGCCUGUUCGGUUUGCUACUGUCCAAGUUCAAGUUCACAAUCAAGAAUAUUUGAAUCGCUCUAUAUCUUUCAUAAUACCUAUUUCGCCGAAAAAAGCAUCAGAUAGAAAACAGGAACUUGAAAGAGGGUUUUCAGCUUUAACUGGAGCUCAUGUAAAUGUUCAUUCCUUUGGUUUCCAUAACUCCAGUACUGAAAAAUCCGUUGUCAGAUGUUGGGUUUCCUAUCCAUUAUCUUCGACCGUAGAUUUGAGCAACAUGGAUGUUAUAAUUGGAAAUCUUUUUGGACGAGAUUAUUAUGUGACCAAUCAAAAGGUGGAAGCAAUUAAUCGCAGUAGCUUUGAUGUAGUGUUUUGGCUACUCAUCGCUUUGGUUAUUCUCAUGAUUUUAGCCAUCUUAGCUCUAUGCUUAUAUUGUUGCUGCGUCCGAUCAACAGAUGUGCGAGAUAUCAUAGAAAUGAAGAAUAAAGUUUCUCCCGAAGAAAACUUAAUUCACUAUAAAGAAGAUGGAACUGUUCUUAUAAACAAUGACUCCAGGCGAAGACCAGAAAGUAGAACAAGAUCAUCUUGGGUAGAAAAUCAAUCGAAUCAAGUGGUAACUGUGACAAAAGAGCAUCUGAAAACUAAUGAGGAGAGAGUAUCGCCAAAUCAUAGAGUUCAACAAGCAACAGUCCAUCUCAAUGAUCCUGUGACCACAACAUACGCACAAAAUCCAGAAGAAUUACCGAUUCGAGGUGCAUAUUAUCCUGAUGGCGGGAUUCCAGUCGUAGCUGGAGGUCGAAUGGAGCGAGCUUAUCGUCGUGGCAGACCCUUGAGCCCGAGUACUGAAAUGUUAGUACAAGACAUGUCAGGAGACUCCGAUGCAAGAAGGCUGGGGAAUUAUGUUGUUGUAAGAAAAGUAGUUAGGCCAAGAGUUCGAGUAGAUGCAGCUGAUGAUGGAACUGCAGGAGAUGAUGGUGAAAAUGGGCCUAGAAGAACAGAAAUAUUAUACAUUCGAAGUCCCAUGCGAGAUGAGGAAGAUGAAAGACAUUACAUUCGAGAAGGAGAACUAUUAAGGAGUGUGAGUGAGACAGCUCUGAAUACAGAUGACCCCCACCUGAGGGUACCAAGGUCAUAUAGGACAAGAAAUGUAGCUGUACCCAUGCAAAGGAUGCAGGCACAUCCUGAACCGGCAUCUAGAGAGCAAUUGAAAUUUUCAAGAUAUCAUCGAACGGAGGGAGACGUAAUAAUAUCAACCGAUGAUCCAGCUGAUCUUGAUCGUCCUUAUGUAGGACCAGAAUCUUCAUGGGUUCCUUUUAAUCAACCUCAACUUGAUAAUUACGGUCGUCCACUUCGUCAGCAUCCAGCUCGGUGGGAAGGUCCAGAGUAUAGAACUCAGAGGAUGCCACCUGAUGAUUACAGAAACUUUCAACAUCCAGAUGCCUCUCAGACAUUUCAGCCACCACAAACAUACGAUACUAAUCAACGUUACCCACAAGGUCACAUUCGAGAAACUCAACACCAACCGGUGUAUAGAGAUCAAUAUCCUGAACAUGAUCCUUCUAAUAGAAGAUUUGCCCCUCCUCAUCCCCAUUUCCAUCAACAACAUGAUCAAUCUGUUUCGAGACCACAUCAUCCCCCAUCUCCACCCCACAUGGAACAUAGUAGAACCACAGAAUAUGUGUCUCAGCAAACGGAAUGGCCCAAGGAACAAUUGACUCAUCAACAGAGCGUGGACUCACAAGAUGAUAUCGAGGACGAUUCGAGAACUGUCAUAAUGGCAAACUCGACAAUGAACCAACCGUUGCAUACUCAAAGUGAAGCACAAGAACAGUAUCAGCAGCAAAGUGAACAAUUUGUUGAUUCUUACGAUCAUCAGCAAGAUACCCAUGAGCAACAUACUGUAACUUUUCAAAAUGAUCAAGAACACGUUUCUCACGAAGAUAAUUAUCAUGAAAGUCCACCUGCUCCCGAAGAUCACAGAGAAGAAGAACAAGAUGCUGCAGAGCACAGAGAAGAUCCGCAGCAGUCUGAAGAUCAAUAUCAGAGAAGGCAAUCUUUACAUCCUUCAACCGAGCAAUCUGAUGAUCAUUAUCAGAGGAGGCAAUCCCUUCAUCCUUCAACCCAACAAUCUGAAGAUCAUUAUCAGAGGAGACAAUCUUUGCAACCUUCUACGCAUCGACUAUCUACUGAUGACUCUGGGGCUCCAAGUAGCAGAGAUAAACUAGAGUUAGAAGACACAGACAUAAUGGAAAGCAGAGAAACUCAACCUGAGUCAGACAGACUUGGUGCAAGGACGACAGAAGACGAUGUAUCAAGAAUCGGAGACAAUAACCUCCACACAGAUGGAGAGGAUGAAGAUUCUGAUUCUGGUAUCGGAAAAGAUGGCACUGCUCUGCGACUGAAAAAGUCCAACUUAAUGGAGAAAAAAUCGCUCUUUACUAUAGCAUAUGAUGGAAUGCAAACUAGAGGCCUUAAAUCAGCAGGGGAAAGAGAUGAUUCACCGUAAAACAUAAACUUCUACUUUUUGCGAUGACUUAAAUUUAUAAAUACUUGAAAAAUAAUUUUAUUUUUACUUUCGUCUUGAUGCCGCACUUUCAAAGUAUCUUCGUUAACAACCAAUUGAGUUUGAAACUGUUUUGGUUUUCGUUUGUAAACAUCAAAUCUUUCUUUUUAAGUUCUGAUUACAUUGCCAUAUUAAGGAGCAUUCGAGAACAAAAUUAUCAAGCUUCCAGUAAGGAAAACUACAUUAUUAAUUAAAAGUAUAGAUUUGAAUUGAACUAUAAAGCAACAUUACCUUUCAAUAUACAGUUAAAACUAGCAUUGAACUUUCCUCACGAUAUUCUAGUCAUACUCACGUGUUUAUUAAGAAAGAAAAAUCUGUGCGAAGAUUUUGCAUCAUUAAGCGAAAAUGUUCUGUGACACUUUAUAUAAAGAAAUCAUACCGACUUUUGACAUAAGUUGUUGCAACUCCUACACUGCCGUCCAUGACAUUUUUAAGAUACAUUUAUAAAAAUUGGCUUGAAUCUAUGGAAACUUUUAAAAAAGAAUAUUUAGACUUGAAUCUUCUACCGGUUUUUAGAUUUGAAA